AUGACAGCCCCCCCCAAAGCCAAUCCAAUCCAAACGACCCAACAAUCGACCUCGGCUUCUGUCCCAGGCGAGGCAACUGGAACAACAACAGGACAGGAAGGGCCUUCUGAUGCAGGCAAUGACCUGCCCGUCACUGGGACGCGUGUUAGUCAAGGCUUGACGAAAGAAGAGAUAGACGACGAUCGUGAUGAACUCGACCUCAUCGGCAGCACCGACAAGGAUGGCACCGGGUCGUCCUCCCCUUCCAAAGCACACCCUGAACCGUCGGACCAGCAGAGGGACUCUUCACAAUCUGCAGCACCACCGCCCUCAAGUUCGCCUUCGCUCCAGUCUCUACCAGCUUCGUCUUCCCAAGUACAAUCGCUCGGUCAAGCGGACCAAGAGCCAACCAAGGGAAUGUCCAGUGAUGUCAGCAUGGUAGAUGUGAGCGAGGAGUCGGUGAAGGGAAAUGCCACUACAGUAAACCCGUUGGCAGUGUACAAGCCAUCCGUAUCGUCUUCGAUAUUUGUGCAGCCGACUCCAAACCCUGUUAUCAUUCCCGAACCUCUGGCACCUUCAGUAUCGAAGGACCAAUAUGAUAUUCAACAGCCACCUCCUCCGGAACCCAAAGUGGAGCCCAGUUCCCCUGUCCUUCGAUACGGCAUCAAGACUGAAUACACCCUACCGUCACUACAAAUUCUUCCUCCAGAGUUCACCCGCAAAAAGUCAUCGAAACGAAGGAAGGAUCGCGAGCGCCCCGAAAAGUCGCAGAAGGAUGACGGUGUUCCGAUGGGAAUCAACCGUUGGGCGGCCAUGCUGAAUGCCAACCCACUCUACAAAAGAGUUGCUCGGUCGACCAAAUGCCUGAGCACCAAGGAGUGGUCGGUUGCUAUUGCAGAAUUGCGUCUUAUUCGAACAGCUGAAAGGAUAGAGGUCCUCAAAAGUCAGGCCCGCUGGGGCUUGCGGCAAAUUAAGAAACAAAGGGGGGUGGGAGGACUACUCAAAACGCAUUGGGACUAUCUUUUAGAUGAGAUGAAAUGGAUGCGCACCGAUUUCCGCGAGGAACGAAAAUGGAAGCUCGCGGUGGCGUACCAACUCUCAACAUCAGUCUUAGAAUGGCAUUCGCUUAAAAACUUCGAAGAGCGCGUACAACACGGCGUAUGCGUGAAGUGGAGACCGCAUGAACCAGUUACGUUGGACGAUAACCAAGUUGACUCGCAGAGCAUGGAUAUCGACAUGGAGUCCAGUGGCAACGACCCUGAAGCCAAUCCCGUGCCUUCCAACUCCAUCCUUGGUCUUGACUACGCUUCCGACAACGAGGACAUGGAUGGCGACUCGGAGAAGCAGUUGGAGGUGAUGGAUCCGCUAGAGACAGGAAAUGCAAUCAAGGACGCCCUUGACGGCGCGGAUGAAGCGAGGAUGAAGGAAGCCGAGCCAACGCCCAUGGAAGAGGUCAAACUUAAAACAGAGGAAAUUGACGACACUGUCGCUCUCCAGGGUCCUAUGGUGGUGGACACUGCGCAGGCCGAAGCUCUCGAAAAGUCGGCUUUAAAGUCUACCUCGAACGACCCUCUUCUUGGUUCGAAAUCGAGUUCACAUUCACUGAAUGGCGAUGGCGACGAGAAACCUCCUAGCACCAAAACGAAAAUCGCCGCAUAUGCACCUAUUCGUGAAAAACUCGUUUAUGAAUCGGAAGGCAAACUCUUUAUCGAACCGGAAGACCUGCAUAUCCCCGACCAAGAGGACACAGACUCGCUCCGACAGCUUGACAUCAGCAGUAUAUUCCCCGAUUUGCAACCUUUCGCUAUGUUCGACGUCGCUCCUGCAACGGAGCCAAAGAAAAAGAAUAGGAUCGAAAGAGACGACCCCAACAAGAGGUUAGAAGAGACAAACUAUACAAAGGUGUUCCCAUCUGGCCAAUUCAUGUUUGUCAAACCUACUUUGUUGGGGCCCCUUCAGCCAGCGAAACGGUGGAAGGAUGGGAGUUGGUUACCGAUGGAAGAAAAUCCGAUUCCUUCAGAGCCUGAGUCUGGUUCAACAUCUGUCAAGAACUUGGAAGAAAGCGUAAGCGAGCUCUUCGACUUCAAAAUCAAGACUUCGGGCCCAGCGCUUCCCCCUCAGGCACGAGACGCCCGGAGAGCCAAGGUCGACCAAUACUGGAGCACCAACGACGACCUUCUGCUCAAAUCCCUAGUAGAUAAGUAUCCCGGAAAUUGGAAUCUUAUCGCAGAAUGCUUCAAUGGCUGUCGGAAAACAACCCCGUCCGAUCGACGAACACCGACAGAUUGCAUGGAUCGUUGGAAAGUGAAAUGGGGUAUGGAUUUGUUGACGAAGGACAACCCACAAGGCAACUCUGAAGACCAGUCUCCACCAACGGGCGUACAGGCAUCGUCCUCCAACGAUAUCUCCAUGUCCAACUCUACACCGUCAGUCGCGGCAGGGCCAAGCGUGACGACAAGGGGUGUCAGGCGACUUGCUAGCGCCAGUGUGUCUAGCCAAGUGGCGCCAAGUGUUUCAGCAGGCAAUGAACCGAAGAAGCGAAGGCGGCACUUACUGCUCCAAGAAACCAUUCGCAAAACGAACAGGAAGAAGGCUGAUCAACAGGCGAAGCAGCUGGCCAACCAGCGGAAGACGCCAGGAAUGCACGAAACUCAUAUUCAGUACACCAAGUUGCCAAGGUUGUCUCCGAUGGAACUGAGUCGCCUCAAAGCCGAGCGCGACGCAGCACAAUUGGCUGAAAUCCAGAAGGCUCGUGCUCGUCAAGAGGAAUUGAAAAAGCAGCUGAGUGGCAUCCCGAUUCCCCCUCAAGCAGGCCAGCCUCAGCCAGGUCCCCAGACGCCUGUACCGCACGCACAGGGAGGCCAACCUCAGCCGCUAACUCAACAACAACAACUUCAGCUGCAGGCUCAACUUCAAGCGAACCAAGCCAGGGCUGGAAGCGUUGGCGCUCCAGGUACCCGGCCAGGAAGCGUCAAUAUUGCUCGGAUGUCGACUCCAACUGGCGUCGCUGUUGCAGGUCCUCCACGCCUUACUAGCCAACAGGUUCUUCAACUACAGCAGCGUCUGGCAGCUGGUACAGGUCAAACAGCUUUGAAUGCAGCAACGGUCAAUCUAGCGAACGGACUUGUGAACAGCCAGUUUGGCAACCGUGAUGCAACAGCAUCGCCCGCAACACACGGUGUCAACUCUCCGCACUUGGCGCCUUCGAGCGGCAAUGCAGCGGUUAACCCGCCACGAUCCCCGCAUGAUCCAGCAGCGGUCAAUGCAGCAGUGGGACAGGCCAUGAACGCAGUAGGUGCUGCCAAUGGAGCGCAGCGAGCAGCGUUCAAUCUCCAGUUCCAAAAUGGCCAGACACAAAAUUUACAUCCCGACCAAAUCAACGCGUUGCGUAUACACAUGCUGGUAGGUUGCGGAUUCAUUUCGAUGGAUGAGAACAUCCGUACUCACACCGGCCCGCUCAACCGCAACCUCAAUCACAACCUCAGCCUCAACCUCCUGCACAAAGUUGAGGCCAUUUUGCCCUAG